CGCUGCUGCUUGGACUUAAGCGAGACUUAUUAACGGAGCGCCGUUUACUCCGCGCAUCUGGUGGCGCCGCGCGCUCUUUAUUUGUGGACCAUUAUCUCAAUAAUAAUAAUAAUAAUAAUAAUCUCCGUGCACGCGUUUCACGGGUUUGAAACUUUUUCCCCCUCUCAUCUUUUUUUUUGUUGUUGUUGCAAGUAUAAGAACCGCUCCAGAGACAUUAUUAGCAUUAACACUCUGACCAGGCUGUGAUGCUGUUUAAACCGGAUGACGAUUGGGAAGUUUGAGAUCAUUUUGUGUGUGUAGAAUUGCAUGGACUUGCUGUAUGCAUCGGGUGAAGGAAAGCGUUUAAAUCAAAGAAAAUAAUAAAAAGAAAUUUCCAACCUGUCAAGGUAUAUAGCGUGUCUCCAUCUGUGAAGGUAAAAAACAAAACAAAACAAUGCUCCGACUGGGAAUCCUCCUGAGUCUGAUCUACAUCAAAGGCUCACUGUCCUUGGUGGUGCCCCUGUUCCCGGGCACACUGGACUGCGUGCAGGCCGUGCAGGAGUGUAUGGCCCAACCUGAGUGUGAAAAACUGUACAGGCAGCUGGACUACUGCGUGGACGAGGAGGCCGUGACGCCGCUGAGUCUCGAAGCCCGCCAGGCCUGCGCCGAUGCCCAAAACGCCCUGCUGGACUAUCGGCCCCUGCAGGAGUGCAAGUGCCAGCGAGCAUCACGCAAAGAGGCUCUCUGUCUCCGGGUGUACUGGACCGUGCGCUUUCCACAAGGGUACGAUGACAUUGAAACCUCCCCGUACGAGGACAUCGAACUGGAGCUGGCGCGGAAUAGCGAAGCAACCAACCUGGCCUCGAUUGUGGCAGUGUCCUCAUUUCCGGUAGUAGACGGAGAGAACCAGUGUUUAAAGGCAGCGCAGGACUGUGGGCUGUUCGAGAAAUGUGGUGCCCUACGUGCAGAAUAUGUGCUGGCAUGCACCAAGCGAGUGGCAGGCUUGGAUCGCUGCAACAGACAGAAGUGCCACCGGGCGCUGCGCAAGUUUCUGGAGCGGGUGCCUGAAGAGUACAGCUUUGGCGUGCUGUUUUGCUCCUGCACCGAGCCAUUGUGCGGAGAGAGAAGAAGGAAGACUAUCGUCCCAUCCUGUUCCUAUGAGGAGAAAGACGGACAACCCAACUGCCUGCACCUGGAGAGUUAUUGCCUCCGUGAUGACCUGUGCAGGUCCAGACUGGCUGAUUUCCAGCAGAACUGCCAGCCUUCCUCUUACUCCCCUUCAGGCUGUCUGCGUGAAAGUGGAGCCGUCUGCCUGAAGGCAUACGCUGGACUGAUCGGUACGAUCAUGACACCGAACUACGUGAGUAACACCAGUAUGGAGGUGUCUCAGUGGUGUAACUGUGAAGGCAGUGGGAAUCAGCUGCAGGAGUGCCUGCGCAUCCUCCACAUGUUCAACAGCAACACUUGCCUGCGUAAUGCCAUAGAGAACAUGGGAAGUGCCAAUCCUCGGCCUGUGGAGGGGACACUGCUCCCUCCGCCUCGCCCCUCCCCCCACGUCCAACAGGAUAACCUUAACGUCAACUUUUUCGGAGACCUCAACUCGGUGGAGGAGAGCGUGGAGGAAAAGAACGAGCCUGACGAUGGCUUAUAUCCAGACAAGGAGUUCGACGUUAUUCCUCCGUUCUCCGAGAAGGCCACUGUCAGCGAUUUGGGUUCGGAGACGGGCAGAGUUCAUGGCCGGGCCUCAGCCCUUUCAGCCUCUCUGUAUCUUUUUCUCCUGUUUCUGCUGCUCACUACCCUCAGCUGGGGCUAGACGGCAACGACAUUUGCCCUCAUACACACUUACACUUAUACCCUUACAUCUGCACACACCUUCCUCAAAAUAAUCACUCACACCCAUGCUAAAGACUCAAAGACUUUAUACUGAGGGAUGGAGAUGAAAAGAGAAGAAGAGGACAGAGGACAGGAAAGUCCUCUCCUACCCACUACUGUCCUUUCCUUUCACUCUGUUUCUCCUUCUCGCCAAGAGGGGCUGUGUGUAGCUCGUCGAUCGCAGCUUGUCCCCCAGGGAGUCGCUCUCUGAAUCUGAUUCUGUGCCAAUUGUUCGGAAAAAUUGUUAGGAAUCACGAUUCAUGAUUCAUGACUCAUGACUCAUUGGACUGAAUGGAAUCGGAUGUAUUUAACACCUGACUGUCAUUGAGUGAAUCAGUGAAUCAGUGAGUCAGUAAUGUGAUGUAUAUGUUGUAUAAUUCUCCUUUGCUUUGCUGAUGUUGGCUAACCGUCAGUCAACUUGCGCCGCUGUUUGAAAAUUUGCUGUAUCGCUUCCGUCCAAUGACACAGCUACGUACGAGUGCACAGCUUGCUCUUUUUUUUUUGUACUUUGCAUUUAGUCACCUUCUGCGUUUUAUCAUUGCUGAAGCUUUUAUAACUGUGUGAAUGUGUGUGUAUGUGUGUGUGUACAGAAUGUUUGCACUUUGUCAACAUCAGAAAAAAAAAACUCCUACAAUAUGUGUCCACUUGCAAUUUUGCCUCGCUGCAUCGUAUUUAUUUGAGUAAACAGCUCCGCUGGUGUAGUGACUGUGAUAGCCCUCCUCGCAGGAACACAGUUUAAUCUCACUUGCAUGCCAAAUUCGAAUUAUUCGAAGUAUUUGUGAAUGAAUUAAAAAGGAUUGGAAUAUUUGCUAAUGCUGGCUAUCUGUUAGCAACAGCUGUAAUAGAGAGGCUGUCAUUGAAUCACAUUAGCUUAACCUAAAAAUACUUAAUAAUUCCAUAAACUAAUAUCAAUGUUUCUUUGCUCUGGUUUCACUUACAGUAUGUGCCAGAUUAAAUCAAAGUGACAACUUUUCUUUCUCCUAAAAUAGUUUAAUGGAAAGAGACACUAUUCCCUAAGUCUAGUCAGUUAGACCAAUUACUUACUGUAAGCUAGCAUUACAAAUGAUUAACUAAACACAUAUAUCUUCAGUAACAAGGCUAAAGUCACUCUGUUCUGAUCUAUUUAAGAUAAAAAAAAAAUUAAAGAUUUUAAUUGAGAAAAAUGUUUUUUUUUUUUAUAUUUCAUUAAGCUCAUUAAAGCUAUCAAAUUAGCUUGUUAGUGUUUCUAGCCACCUGAUUUGUUAGCUAGUUUUGCUAGCUAUAUCAUUUCUAAGCUAGCUAGUGUUGAUAAGGGUUAUUGUCACAGUCAUUAGCUAAGACAGGCAUAUUAAUUGAGAAUAUGUGUAGGAGUAAAACAAAAUACAGCGGUACCUCGGCAUACUGAUUUAAUUUGUUCCCGGAGGUUCUUAAAGUUUGUAUUGCAAAACGUAUUUUCCUAUGGGAAAAUGCAGAUAAUCCAUUUUCUACCCACCUGAAAAUAAUAGCUACUAAAUAUGACUAAUUUUAAAUACUAUAAUCAUAUUUUUUGCAUAUAAAAACAAGCAAAACAUUUAGAAAAGCUUAAAAUGAAGUAAACAUUUAACCCUAAUUCAUGAUUCCUCUUGGACCUGGCUGCUUUAAAAACAAAACUGUGGCAGCCUUUUCUUCUUGCUAGCCGCAUUGCUAACUUUCUUAGGCCUUAGGAUGGUGCUAUAUCU